AUGAAGUUGUGUGGCNNNUCGGCUGAGGCAAAGGCUGAGUUUGCCCAGUACUUGCGGGCAACAUAUUCCAGCAGAUAUGACCUGGAGUACUGCCACGGCCCUGCGCAGCUUCCAAAGGACGACACUGUGAGGUUCUGCCUCUCGCCGGCCGACCUUUCCUUUGAGGCAGGCAGCUCCACGAAGCCACCACCCCAGAGACACACCGCGCUCUCCUUGCUUGAUGAAAUCCUCACACGAGGAUUUGUGACGCAAGGUGAUGAGAUUUUGCUUUGGCAGUCGCAGCUCAAGGACACGACGGACAUGGACACGGGGGACGAGAACUUCUGGACCAGUUACGUCAAGGGUGCAGACGCACAGACAGCAGCAUAUCAAAAUGCGAUGCUGUCUCAGGCCGGGUCCAUCCGCAAGGCACACGACAUUCCAACAUGGCUAGCCAAAAUACAGACCAUGUGCCAGUCUGGGAUGAGUGCUGACGCCAUUAUCCGGACCUGGAAUUCCCGUUCAAGCAAAGAAGGGCAAUUGCAGGGUGCGAAGAGAACAUGCCUGCUCAACCUUCUUCAGUGUCCCCAAGCCGGCUUAGAGGUGCUGCAGACCCACGCCUCUGUCUUCGGCAGCCAGACGGCAUUCGCAGAGGAGUGCUUCUCUCAGAAAAGUAUUCUUCCAGGGCAUGUGCCUCGCCUCCCAAGCAAGCAGUGGAGUGCUCGCUUGAUGGUUUCAAAUGAGUCCUUCAUUCUCAUGAUGAAGACAGUGGAUGCUGCCCACCAUGAACGACUUCCGGCACUCCGAACGAAGCUCCCGAAGGACGCCAUGUUGGACGCUGCCCAGCUGGCCUCUCUGGCACUUGCUGUGACUGAGGAGUUGAAAGAGAAGCAUGGUGUCUCCUCGGACAAGAUUGUUCAAGCCCACAUCAAUGGUGAUGUGCACUUGUCUGGAGAAUUGCAUUUGGCUCUUCACGAGAAGUCCAGUGCCUGGGAAAUCACGUCCCUCAGCAUUGUCAAGGAGAUCUUGAGGGAGCAUAACAUGUCCAUUGAGAAGCUGCACCCCCAGUCUCAACGGACAGUCAGGGCUGCAGAGCUUGAGAAGGAAGAGUUUGAUGUCCUCUUGGCAACUUGGGAGUUUCUUGCCUUCUUUAAGGUCUAG